AUGCACAUCAACUUUGCCUUUUUCCCGGUGAUCUUCUUUGUCAUCAAGGAUUACGCCCACAAGGAGAAGAAGACAGAGACGUCAGAGAGCCACCGCCAGAUUUCGGUGGCACAUUCACAGACGUGGCUGGACGAGACUCUCGCCUUUGCAAAUUGCCUCGAUCCACAGGCAGCUGAGCGCGCAUCACUCAAAAGACAAACAGUUCUUGCGCAGGCUCAAAGACGCCAUGGCGGAAGCCACGACUGCACCCUGGCGUUGUCAUUGGUGCCGCAGGCUCAACAAGUACUUUGCGACGAAGUGCGGAUCGUGCUACCUGAGCUGGGAGAAGUGCAUCGACAUUCACUAUGUUCAUGGGCAAAAGCAACAAUCAGCAGCUUCCCCAAGGGCAUCCUCACGGAAGAAGUGGCCGCAAUCCAGCAAUUGGGAUCAGUGGGGAAGUUCCGAAACCCCCACUGCCAAGCAGAUUACAUCACCCAGGCAACGCCCCAAGACUCCGAAGAAGACGAAAGAGUAGAAGAGCAACUAUGGUGCACCCGCACUGGACCCGCCUUGGCAGUCCUCAGCGCCGGCACCUGUGCGGUGGUAGAAAAAGCAAAACGACUGCCAGAACGGCCAGUCAUUGCCAAAUCGGUGCGACAAGCCUUCGACAAGUUGGAGAAGAAGCGCAAGAACCUCAAUCAUGCUCUGAAAGCACGAAAGAAGCUGCACACUGCUUGGACCAACUACAUCGAAGAGUCUGUCACAAGUUGGAAGCAGUUUGCAGCCGACUUCACAGCCAAAGAUCCAGAUUUAGAGAAGAAGGUGAUCGAAGCUCGAGAAGCCGUCCAAGAAGCCCGCAACAAGUACGAUGCGGCCAAGGAGACGAACGACAAACAAGAUGCAGCUGCGCUGGAGGAUGUGCAAGAAAUUUCAGACGGAAUGGACGAGGAUCAGGUCGACAAGAUUGCCUCAGCAGAGGACAUCAAAGCCGGCAUCCAGUCUGCACUGGACAGCUUGGAGUCCUUCCGAGUCACCCCCAUGGAGGCGCAUCCAGAAGCAAUGGCGCACAAAAAGCAGAAGACAGGAGGUGGAGAAGAAGAUCCACAUUGUCCUGGCUCCUCUGCCUUGAAGCCUUUUCAUCAGCCCGGCAAAUAG